AUGCCGUUUCCAUUCUCCAGGCUAUAUUUGCCUGUGACACUCCUUUUGAUAUCUUUACUUGUCCUUUCAAGAUCCUACCCUGAAGUGGGAUCUUAUUUCAAGUCACACUCAUUUGAUGUUGAUGUCUCGUCAGUGGAAGAUACUGGUGCACCAGUUCAUCACGCAGAUCUUUUCCUUCGCCAAACUACCACUGCUUCGAAUACGUCAACGGGCUCAGGCACGUAUACCUGUGGCCCAGACUCCCCUUGCACCAACGGAGCUUGCUGCGGUGAAAGUGGUUGGUGUGGUUACGGAACCUAUUGUGGCGACGGUUGCCAGUCUAAUUGUGACGCUACAGCUGCCUGUGGUCAAUAUGCUGCAAGUGCAGGCCAGACGUGCCCUCUAAACGUUUGUUGUUCAGAAUUUGGCUUUUGCGGAACUACUAGCGACUUCUGUGGCACAGGAUGUCAAUCUGAUUGCUCCCAACCACUACCUAAUUCAGUCCCCGGCAAUGUUCAAAGUAGAGUCCUUGGCUACUGGGAAAGUUGGAAUUCACAGAAUCCAUGUGGUACCAUGACUCCUGGUGAAAUUCCAGCAGCCUUGCUUACCCAUUUAUAUGUGGCUUUCGCCUACAUCACUGCCGACUACGAUAUUACUAACAUGGAUGGAGUGGCCUCAGAAAUCUAUCAGAAUGUAGGCAACGUGAAAUCUAAAAAUCCCGAUCUCAAAAUCCUCAUUUCCAUUGGUGGUUGGGCUUUCGACCAAUCCAUCUUUUCGAACAUGGUUUCUUCCUCAGGGACUCGCGCAACUUGCAUCCAAAACGUUCUCAACUGGCUUGGUGAGUAUGGCUAUGAUGGAGUAGAUUUUGAUUGGGAAUAUCCCGGUGCAUCGGACCGCAGCGGAGUUCCUGCAGAUACGGAAAACUAUGUGUCUUUUCUCCAGGAGUUACGAGCAGCUAUCACAGCCGCCGGAAAGGAAUAUAUUGUCACUUUUACAGCUCCCACAAGUUAUUGGUACCUGCAAAAUUUCGAUUUGCCAGGAAUGGUCGAGUCGGUUGAUUGGAUCAAUCUUAUGACUUAUGAUCUCCACGGUGUAUGGGAUGCUGAGGAUGUGUAUAUUGGUUCCGAGGUGCUUGCUCAUACCAAUCUUACCGAGAUUGAUCUUGCGCUGGAUUUGUUCUGGCGUGUUGGUAUUGAUCCUUCUGAUAUUGUUAUGGGAUUGGGCUUUUAUGGAAGAUCAUACCAGCUUUCCGAUCCAUCAUGCUGGCAGCCAGGUUGUUCUUUUGUCGCUGCUGGAGCUGCAGGUCCCUGCACCCAAACUCCUGGAAUCUUGUCUUACCGAGAGGUGAUGCAGAUUAUAACAGACACUGGUGCAGCACCUUAUACUGAUGAAACUGCUGCUGUCCAGUAUAUGGUGUAUGGAGAUAACAACUGGGUCUCCUAUGAUAAUGCCCUCACUUGGGCUGCGAAGAUCGAGUAUGCGAACGAGAUGGGACUCUCAGGGCUCAUGGUUUGGGCCAUUGAUCUAGACGAUGCGAAUCAUGAUGCUCUUAAUGCUAUCACAGAUAGUUCUUUACUGAGCGAUUCUGGUGUAACAUUUUCACUGGUUCCCCUUGAUUAUUUGUUUCCCAGCGAUCUCCUUCCUUCCAAUGACAGCACAAUCAAUUAUGGCCUUAUAAACUUCGGUUCCGGGGCUGCUACCGGUUCAAUGGAUCCUGGCGCGACUGGAUUUGGUUUUAUGAUUGUUUCUGGCGAUUCUUCUUCAGUUUCAAAUCUGAAAAAGCGUGAUGGUAUGGCAGAACCAUUUGUAUUUCUUGACUGUCCAAGCAAUGUCCACGAGGAUGACAGCAGUCUGGUUCAUACAGCUAGAGUUGUUUGCCUUAGCCUUGAUCUUAAAGGGUGUUUCCAAGUAUUGGAAGGGGGAGUUGAGGGAACAAUUGUUGAGAUGCCAGACAAUUGCGCCGAAAACACAUUUGCUAGGGCAAUAUCUCUUGAAGUUUCCAAAGAUCAACAUGUGGCUCAAGAUGCUAUAGGAAAAAGGGCGCCCACUUCGAAAGUCUAUGACUUCAAAUUCGACUUUAAUAUGGAACUCGCCAAGAGAGAUACAGAUACCCCCACUACCUUCCGCAUCGACAUUUGUAAUUUGCCGACAUAUUGGAACAGCAUUGUUGAUGCUCCGGGCAUUCAAUCCCGCGAUCUCAAUAAUCUCGAGGCUCGUUACUUUGCACCCACGGCUUCAACAUGGCAGGAAAAGAUGGUAGAGUACUAUGCCACGUUCGGCGUGGACAAUUCUUUCGAGCAGACUAUCAACGUGGAUCUUACUAGGGCUCUGUUUUGGGAAACAACUUCCACGGCCCAGUGUAAUGUGGACGGCGAAGAUUUCACGGAGGGUAUAGCGGCUUAUGUUUCUGGAAAUGUGAAAUCUAACAUGUUUUACGGUUUCUCCAUGAUUGGAACUGUGGAAAGCACGGGUCUAGCGAUUGAGCCCUCUCAGACUAGUGGGUUCAUAUCAGUUACAGGUAGCACGGACUUAACGUUCGGUGUGGGUGGUGUUGGCAACUUUGACAUAGGGAAAGCAAACAAAGGUAAUCCCGCUGUGGUUCAAGGCACACCCUCGUACGUUGGUGGCAAUACGGUCGAUGUAGACGGUGGAAACUGGGUCACCUUCAAACCAUACUACGAAAUCGAUUACGAGGUCGCAACAUUCAAUGCAUCAACCGGUGAUAGUGAUGCGAACUCUGCCGCCGGUGCUACAGCUCCAUUUGAUGGGCUGUUAGAAGCACGCGUUGUUACGGACCUUGGUCAAUUCACAGCCUCUUUCCCGCCAAAUAUGUCGGAUACUUCCAAUACUCCUUUCCCUUAUAAUGGCGAGCGAAACAUAAAUCAAAUCAGUAUUCCAACCACAAAUGUCAUGUAUGACAGUUCGGGGGCUGGUGGAUCUAUAGGGAUUGCCAAUUAUGUCAGAUUUGGUGUCGAAAUUGACGUGGGAUGGAGAUUAUCAAAGUUUGUGACUACUGCACAAGAGUCGGAGUUGGUUGAUUUUCAACUCGUUUGGAACACUUUGGCACAAUUCACAUUCACCCCGGACCCCAGUGAAGUUUGCGUUGAGUACGAUAUCGCAACUCAAUGUUUUCAGACAGUCAUAUCGUCAACAGAUAAACUGGAUUGGGAUGAUGGAAUAGUCGACUUGGUUUACGAUCGGCAAUCUCCUGAUUCAUCAGAACUAUGCUAUGCUAUCGAAUUAGAUCUCGGUCAAAAGAAACGGGAUGUAAAUGGCUCUACUGAGAUUACUUCUCGUGUUCCUUCCGGGGGAUUUCCUGGGUUUGGCUAUGCGGCAGGCGGCCCAAUUGACUUUUCUGACGUAUUGAGCCCUGCAGGAGCCGCAAUUUUCGCUAUUGGUGCUGGGGGCACGAUAAUAGGCGCCAUCUCCGCUAUAACAUGCGCUAAUGGUGGGUGUGUAAGUUGUACCGAGACCUCGGAGAAUGAUGGUGAUUGCUGUGGUUGUUUAUGCUUGAGGUGUGUGUACGGGUUCCAAGAUAUAGAUCCGUGCUCAGAAUGUGACACUAUCAAUGUCGAUGGCAGUUGGCCCGGAUCAAACAUCAUCGCCUUACCGGGAAAGCGAGAAAUCGCUGCAAGGGAAAAAAGUUCUAGCGAGUCUAGUAUUGACUAUGGUGAUUCAGUUUUCAUUGGCGACGAGGCUUCACAGUUCGAGGAGCGAGAUGGUGCACAUUUGGUGCCUCGAGUCAACGGCGUUGCAACAAUCAGCAGUAAGGAGGUUACUGGCUGCGGAGGCACCAAGUUCUACCUAGGUCAGCCCUACGCAUACCCAGCUUUCCCCUCCAACCAGGCUUACGACUGGGAUGGCAUUCAAAAUGGAAAAUGGGAUGACAUUGAAAGAUAUUAUGGCAAUAGCUCAGCUGUCUGCUCAGACUGGGGUGUCUUUGCAAAGCCGACCGCCGACACGGUGAAUACUGGCGGCGCCGCUAUCAGAGCUGAUUACCAGACCGAGCAUGUUCUUGAGGGUCAGCUUAUUGGAGACUUUUUCAAAGUUUGGCUAAGUGGUGACGGAGUGACCAAUCAACCAGCAACCGUGAAUAUAUAUCCAAAUCCGCAAAAUCAAGUGCCAUGUGGUUGGACUGAGCAAUACGUACAGAGUACAACCAUAAAAAUGUGGGAUAUAGGCACGACCCUUGAGGGAUCAUUUUUUGGACUUUUACUCUCUGAGUUAGGAAGCACUGCCCAUCUUGAUCGCUUGACUAUCCUCAUGGCAAGACCGAACCUGAUGAAAGGCACCCUUACCUCUGGUUUCAGAGCUAUCAGUCCCGACGUAGGUGCUGCGUAUCGAAGUAUGACAGCGGAAGAGCAACUAUUGGCUGUGAAAGACAUGGGCAUGGUUUUCAGUUACCUAAACAAUGCCGAUGUAUGGGAUCAAUUCUGUGAAACAUUCGAAGCUAUCUAUUCCGAUCUUCAGGAUUUCGAUACCUGGUUUGGUAAUACAGUGCUCACUCAGCUCCCAUCGAAUCUCGCAGCUGAGUGGCCCAACUUCAUUCGUGCAACCUUGGACUCGAUGGUUGUGCGCGCACGAAGUCUUUUUGUUACUUUGUAUGGAAUUAGAGUCGGACAGGGAAAUACAGAUAUUUGGGAAGCGAAUUGGGCAAUCAAUAAUGCGGCCUAUCGUACGAGAAUUCAACUUUCUGGAACAUGUACACAUUUAACUGCGACAACUGUUUAG